ACUUCGGCAACAAUAGAACAACUAAAAGAAAGUGUAUCAAAACUAAAAUUGCCUAAAGAACACACUCCAAGAAUAUAAACAUGGCUGAUAAAAUAAAGAAAUUCUUUCAAAAGAAGAAAGCAGACGCCAAAUUCAAGCUAGCUGGCCCGGGGCACAAGCUUACGGAAUCAACGAGCCAGAGCUCUGAAUCAUCUAGAAAGGAGGUGCCAGUUGUCCGCAGGUCAGGGCUGUCACAGGAAAGUAAAGUUGCAGCUGAAGCAGCUUUAGCAAGGUUACAACAGAAAAGAGACAAUCCUGCAUUUAAUACUUCUCUUGCAGCUAUUAAGGCUCAAGUAAGAAAAGAAUUAGAAAAUGAAAAGGCUUGUGAAACAGAAAGUACCCAUACCAUUCCUGAACGAAAGAAGUCUGUGGAUCAGGAAGUUGAUGUGCCUAAGAAUUAUGCAGCUUCUGGUGUUUUCUUUAAAUGUCCAUUAAUAAGUAAUGAAAUUUUACCAAGAGAAGAAUGGAAGAGGAACAUAAAGAGUUUUCUCUAUGAACAGUUAGAGGAAGAGAGAGGUCUGACCGCCUGUCUCAUCAUACAGUCUUGUAAUAACAACAGAGAGAAGAUAGACACAUGUGUGGAAACACUUUGCAAAUAUUUGGAGAAUAUAAUUACUUACCCGGAACAGGAGAAAUAUCAAAAGAUAAGGAUGUCUAACAGAGCAUUUUGUGAACGUGUACAGCCAAUAGAAGGCGCGUUAGAACUGCUGUUAGCAGCUGGCUUUAGAGAGGAGACUUUACUCAAUCCGGAAGGAGUAGAUGAGCAAUACAUGGUGUUCAAAAAGGAAAAUGUGCCUUCUGUUGAAAGUUUAACGACAUUGAUAGAUGCAUUGCGCAGUGCUGAGCCUAUCCAGCUGGAGUUGGACAGAAAUGUGCAGGUGCUUUUGCCCUCUCAGGCCGCGCACCAGCUGGCACUGCCACCGGCAUUCUAUGCCCUCUCCGCUGAAGAACUAAAGAGGGAACAGCUGUUACGUACGGAGGCUAUAGAGAAGAGUCAGAUGCUGCGCACGCGCGCCAUGAGGGAGAAGGACGAACUGAGAGAGAUGCGCAGAUACAAGUUCGCUCUCAUCAGAGUGCGCUUCCCAGACGGCAUUCUACUACAGGGAACAUUCUCAGUAUACGAACGUUACAAUGAGAUUCACGAAUUUGUUCAAGAACACUUAGAACAUGGAGACCUUCCCUUCAUCCUAAACACACCGACUGGUCACAAGCUGACAUCUGAUGAAGAUGGAUCCAAGAGUCUGAUAGACCUACGCCUGGUGCCGGCCACCGUCCUCACAUUCUCCUGGGAUCCCUCCAUCCUCGAGGAGAUUAACAACAGUCCCAAUAAAGAUGUAUACUUGAAGCCAGAAGUUAUGAUGUUAGUUAAAGAAAUUUAAUCGAUCUUAAACUAUUGCCUGUAGAAAAAAAGGUAUGUCUAUUUUGCACAUUUCUCUCACUUUGACAUAAAUACGAGGAUGUUAAAUAAUAUUCUCUUUCGGAAGUUGAUCCUAGUACGUUUUUGCAACACCAUGGGGCCUAGCAAGAAAAUUUGCUAGAAAGAAUUCGUAUUGACAUCGAUAAAAUAUAUAUGAAAUUUCAGUUGAUGUUAGGAAUAAUUUGUUAUAAAUCUUCAUGCUAGGCCCGGGUCUUGACUUAUCGCAGCAGUUAGUCAUUUAGUAUCAAAAAUCUACACUAAGAGCUUUACUUUGAGUGCUGCAUUUAAUUUCACUUAUAUUUCACGACAUAUACUAUGUUGUACACAGUGUAUUGCAUCGCUGUCAUUAAUUACUCUCUGUUUCCACUACAAACAUUGUUUCUUUUUCAAAUCUUGACAAUGGAAACAUGGUAGUGUUGUUCUUGUGAACGUAUUUUAAUGCUUAUUUCAAAACUUUAAUAAGUUAUAAUUAAGCUAAUUUAUUUUGUUAAAUUUAAAUAUAUUUUGUAUA